AUUUAAAUGUCAACCAAAACCUUCCGCAAAGAGGAGAUCCGACGUGCCGUCUACGGCACUUGCUUGGUGGAUGCGCCCGUGGGCGGGUGCAGCGUGGAGGCCGCGCCCAUCCGGGUGACGGUCAGCGUCCGCCGGCGCCGCGGGUGCUGGGGGAGGCUGGCCGGAGCCUGGAGGGAGGCGGCCGCGUUUUCCUUCGUCGACAGGCCGCGGGCCCCCUUCUUAUCCAACGCCUUCCUGGACCUGGAGCACGUCUUCCGGUACAGCAGCGAGGAGGACGCGGGCGCGGCACAAGUUAAGAUCUGUCUGACGCUCCUUAGCGGCCAGACGCACGUGGCCAAAGUGGGCCUGGAAGACUUUCUGGGCCAGCUGAUGCAGAGCGGCCGCCCAGAGUGCUUCACCCUGUACGUCUACGAGGGGAAGGUCGCCCUGCUGCAGACCCACCAGCCUUCUCCGGAGGUUCUGACAGAGUGGCUGUUUGACGGGAAGGGAAAUGACACCUACAAAGGGUCAACUUACAAGGACCGUGCCUGCUGUGACCCCGAGGUCACUGAGAUAGACCAGUGCCAAGACAAGAUGGACACCAGUGACUCAGAUGUGAGUGCAUGGGAAACUCCCGAAGAAGACUCAGAUGUGAGUGCAUGGGAAACUCCCGAAGAAGACUCAGAUGUGAGUGCAUGGGAAACUCCCGAAGAAGACUCAGAUGAGAGUGGAGGUGACCCAGGCGAGGAGAGUGGACUUGACACUGCUGAAGACACAGAUAGGGAGAGUGGAUGGGAGUCUGAGGACGGAGACUCCGAGGAGGAGAGUGAACGGGAGACUCCCGGAGACUCGGAUGAGAGUGGAUGGGAGACUCUUGAAGAAGACGCAGAGGAGGAGGCUGGGCGGGGCACUGCUGGAGGCACAGAGGAGCGUGGCGGCGGCCGCGGCUUCCUGGCGAGGCUGGGGGCGGCGUGGCGGCACAACCGCCUCGCCCUGCUCCUGGCCGCCGCUGCGGUCUUGGUCCCGCGGGUGCCACUCGCUGACCCUGACGAGUGGCGGCGGGGCGGCGGCGGCGGGGGGCUGUGAGGGGCGUGAGGCGUAAGAAGAGAGCUCCAAGAUUGUGUUACUGUUGCAUUUCUCAUUCUUAUUUACAACUCUUAUUUAUU